AUGGAUGGUGCCGAUAACACCACCUCGGCCAAAGAAAGCACCGAGAAACUCGCAGGCACGGAUAGUGGCGGUGCCUCCAGCAGCAGCGGCAGUAGCGGCGCCGGCGGGGACGGCGGCGGAGUCGGCGGAAAGAAAGUACCGUCCUGGCUGAACAGCAAGGCCUGGUCGCGCCCCGCCGCCAAGAUCUCCGCGGAUGGCGCUCGCCUGUCUCCGCGGACCUCGGGCAAGGGGGGCGGGGUGGGUUCCGCGUUACCAGGAAAUGGCGGAGAGGAAGGGGGAGAUGUGCGGAGCGGGGUGGGGGAUAGUGGGGGAAUGGAGAAUGUCGGGGCGGCGAUGGCGCGGGCGCGGAUAAGCAGUGAGGCGGAGGGCAUAGGCGGAGACGGGGGGUUGGAGGGGAAGGAGAAAGGAGGAGUUGGUAGUGGUGGUGAUGGUGAUGGUACGAGUGGUGCGGGGGAGCGAGCAGGGAAAGAGGGAUGGCAUGAGAUGGAGGAGGGGAGCGGGAGGGGAAGCGGAGCAGGAGGGGGGAGAGAGGGAGAUGGCGCAGGUGGCGCAGGUGGCGGUGGGGAGGGCAGCAGUGGUUUGAAUCGCCCUGGGAGGGCACGUGCAGUCACAUCCCCCUCCUCCCCCCCUUCCACCACCACCCCCACUCCCCCCAUCGGCCCGCUGUCCCCACGCCCAACCGCCGCCGCAUCAUCAUCAGGAGCGUCCCCCCCGCUAUCAGCACCGCGCACGUCCCCCUCCCUGCUGCCCCUCACCAGCAGCAUCACAGCAGGCCUAGGCUUUGGAAGCGACCUCAGCAGCAGCAGCAGUGUCAGCGGCGGGGGGGGCGCGGGUGGGGGAGGGGACCGGCGGCCGAGUCUGCUGGAGCAGCUGAGAGCAGCGGCUUUUGCAGAGCCCAUCGUGGUGGCGCCGGUGCUGCAUGCGCGGGCAGGGGGAGGAGGGGGAGGGGGAGUGGGUUCGUUCACGCUCGCCACUGCGUCUGCAGAGGACCAGGCGUAUGAACGCCGCCUGGCACAGUUCUACAUGGAGAUCUCCCAGCCGCGCAUCAACCUGGGAGAGCUGCGGCGCCUGGCCAUGUACGGCAUUCCCAAUGAGGGCAGCCUGCGCCCCGUCGUGUGGAAGCUGCUGCUGGGGCUGCUGCCGUUGGUGCGGGACGACUGGGAGGCGGAGCUGGAGAGGAAGCGCAGGCAGUACGACUGCUUCACUGCCGAGCUCAUUAUCAACCCGUCCAAGCAUACAGUCGACCUCACAGCUGCUCAGGGCACGCCAAGCAAGCAGCAGGCGCAGCAGCAGCAGGGGGAGCAAGGGGACGCAGGCGGAAAAAUCACCCUAGACUCACCGUUGCACGGCAAAACAGGGCCCGCACUGUGGGACAAGCAGGACUUUGGCUUGCCGGAAGUGGAGGCAGCGGGGGGAGCAGGGCGGCCCGAGAGAGAGGCCCUUGGGGGGGGAGUGGCGGGGGGAGGGGUUGCAGGGGGGGAGUUGCGGGCGCAUGGGGAAGGUGGGAGCGGUAGAGCGGGAGGGGAGGAGGUGUUGGAGUUGCAUGGUAGUGACGUGUCAUCGCAUGACCAUCCGCUGAAUGACAAGCCUACCUCCGUGUGGCGGCAGUACUUCCAGGACUCGGAGAUAUUCGAGCAGAUAGACCGGGACGUGCGGCGCACCCACCCUGAGAUGCUCUUUUUCACACGCAACGACGGCUCCGGCCUCACGCCCGCGCAGGAAGCCAUGCGGCGGCUGCUGCUGAUAUUCGCGAAGCUGAACCCGGGCAUUCGGUACGUGCAGGGCAUGAACGAGGUCCUCGCGCCCAUCGUGUACGUGUUUGCCAACGACCCCGACAAGGCGCACGCCGUGCACGCGGAGGCAGACGCAUUCUUCUGCUUCGUGGACCUGCUUAGUGACUUCCGCGACUUCUUCUGCCAGCAGCUCGACAACAGCGUCGUGGGGAUCCGGUCUGCCAUCUCGCGGCUUGCGGAGAUCCUCAGGCGGCAUGACGAGGAGCUGUGGAGGAACCUCGAGUAUGUGUCCAAGGUGAAUCCGCAGUUCUACGCCUUUCGCUGGAUCACGCUGCUGCUCACGCAGGAGUUUGGGUUCCCUCAGAUCCUUCGCAUCUGGGAUGCGCUUCUUGCCUGCCCUGAAGGCCCCAUGGACAUGCUGCUGCGGGUAUGCUGUGCUAUGCUCAUGUGUGUGAGGGAGAGGCUGCUUGCAGGGGACUUCACCAACAAUCUCAAGCUACUGCAGCGAUACCCUCGCAUCGACAUUGAGAUUAUUCUGCGCACUGCUGAGCGGUUGCACACGUAG